UCCGAACCGUUUGGCUCUUUCCCUUAGUAACAGCUUUUACCUUCUGCCUCAAUUCCUCUCCCAGCUCGCGCCCUUCCCCCGCGCGCCGCUCCCCCUGUCGGCGGCCGCGUGCGCCCCCGCCCCUCCCCCCGCGGCGGGAGCACCUCCGCUAGCCACCUGGGGACCCGCGCCGCGCUCCCCGCCCCCGCCCGCCCGGCGCCCAUCCCCCGCGCCCUCCGCUCGCCGGGGUUAUAAUUGCUUCUCACCCCCCGGAGGGGUUAUUUUGGGGGUGGUUGGAGGCGGCGGCGGCGGCGAGGAGGGGAAUUUCCUUGUGCCUCCUUUCCCGGGAGGGGGGAGCCGCGUCCGAGGCCACCGUUUCCAGCUAUUACCACUAUUUAAAGAACCUGUUGUUCUUUGCAACUGCCCAAUUUAGCUGUGCCAGCCAGAAGUCAUUGAUCCAAGAGCUCUGCUUUUUCUCAAACUUGACGCAUCAGCAACAGCAACUUGUGAUUGGUGGCACCGGAUAUUCAGUUGUACAUCCCCACAUCAAUGCACUGCCAAUGAUGAGGAAACUGAGGCCUUGGGCUAGAACAGAGGCCUCCUGACUCAGUCCAGGACUCUUUCUAUUGCAUCAUGCUGCCCGAUGUUUGUUUAUGGAGCUCAGCAACAUCACAUACAGGGGUUAUAUCCUGUGUUGUGACCUCAUGGUUUAAGUGGGAAUAAAGAUGAGUAUAAGCAGUGAUGAGGUCAACUUCUUGGUAUAUAGAUACUUGCAAGAGUCAGGAUUUUCUCAUUCAGCAUUUACCUUUGGUAUAGAAAGCCAUAUUAGUCAAUCAAACAUAAAUGGUGCCCUCGUCCCACCUGCUGCGUUGAUUUCUAUAAUCCAGAAAGGUCUGCAGUAUGUAGAGGCAGAAGUUAGUAUUAAUGAGGAUGGUACCUUGUUUGAUGGUCGACCAAUAGAGUCUCUGUCACUGAUAGAUGCCGUAAUGCCUGAUGUAGUACAAACAAGACAACAAGCUUACAGAGAUAAGCUUGCACAGCAACAAGCAGCAGCUGCUGCAGCUGCCGCAGCUGCCACAAACCAACAAGGAUCUGCAAAAAAUGGAGAAAACACAGCAAAUGGAGAGGAGAAUGGAGCACAUACUAUAGCAAACAACCACACUGAUAUGAUGGAAGUGGAUGGGGACGUUGAAAUCCCUCCUAACAAGGCAGUUGUGCUGCGGGGCCAUGAGUCUGAAGUGUUCAUCUGUGCCUGGAACCCCGUUAGCGACCUCUUGGCGUCAGGGUCUGGAGACUCGACAGCAAGAAUAUGGAACCUUAGUGAAAAUAGCACCAGCGGCUCCACGCAGCUAGUACUUAGACAUUGUAUACGAGAAGGAGGGCAGGACGUCCCGAGCAACAAGGACGUGACCUCUCUAGAUUGGAAUAGUGAAGGUACACUUCUAGCAACUGGUUCAUACGAUGGGUUUGCCAGAAUAUGGACUAAAGAUGGUAACCUUGCUAGCACCUUGGGGCAGCAUAAAGGCCCUAUAUUUGCAUUAAAAUGGAACAAGAAAGGAAAUUUCAUCCUAAGUGCUGGAGUAGACAAGACAACAAUUAUUUGGGAUGCACAUACUGGUGAAGCCAAGCAGCAGUUUCCUUUCCAUUCAGCACCGGCACUGGAUGUCGACUGGCAGAGCAACAACACCUUCGCUUCCUGUAGUACAGACAUGUGCAUUCAUGUCUGUAAAUUAGGACAAGACAGACCUAUUAAAACAUUCCAGGGACACACGAAUGAAGUAAAUGCUAUCAAAUGGGACCCAACUGGCAAUCUUCUGGCCUCCUGUUCUGAUGACAUGACUUUGAAGAUAUGGAGUAUGAAACAAGACAAUUGUGUCCAUGAUUUGCAAGCACAUAAUAAAGAAAUUUAUACUAUCAAGUGGAGUCCAACAGGGCCAGGGACAAAUAAUCCAAAUGCCAACCUUAUGUUAGCAAGUGCAUCCUUUGACUCUACUGUUAGAUUAUGGGAUGUAGACCGAGGAAUUUGCAUCCAUACUUUGACAAAACACCAAGAGCCUGUGUACAGUGUAGCUUUCAGUCCUGAUGGCAGGUAUCUGGCAAGUGGUUCUUUUGACAAAUGUGUACACAUCUGGAACACACAGACAGGUGCUCUAGUUCACAGCUAUAGGGGAACAGGUGGAAUAUUUGAAGUUUGCUGGAAUGCAGCAGGAGACAAGGUUGGAGCCAGUGCAUCAGAUGGUUCAGUUUGUGUAUUAGAUCUUCGGAAAUAGCGCUACUAGUUGGAAGCCAUGGACCGACUAUGAAUGUGUACAUAGCCAAAACGACUGUCCCUGACCCGUGACUGCUAUAGUCCCACUCGAACCAUGGCCAGUCCACUGCAGCCAAAUCUAACAGAAAUAUAUACAUACAGUGUAUAUAAACAAAAUUGCACCCUGAAGAUGACAGAAUUUUGUCACAGCUUGUGAAUUCUGUUCACCAAGUGCUGGAAUCUAAUCUGCUGUGCCCCUAAAAUAGCAUUUAGAAGUUUGGGAUAUGAAAAACAGAAGAAAGGAAUAUGCAUUAUAAAAGCAGCCCGUACAUGUACCGGUUUUUUGGAUACUAAUGACAGCCUUGUUUCUCCCCUUUGAAUCAGCAGACACCACGGAUUAUAUUCUUUUUUCCCAUCAGUAGUUAAGCAGUUGAGAGUAUGUAUGUACAGAGAAAAUGGACUUAACAAAAACCUGCAGCAGUAGUUUGUCCUUGCUUUUAAACUUUGUUUUUGGUUUAGUUUAUGGAUGCAUGAAGUAAGGGAGUGAAUCAGUUUCUUGUUUAUAUUUUUUUUCACCUUUUAAACAAAAAAUUCUUAAAAAAUAUUUUAAUGCAUUCUUUUGAAAAGAUAAAUGUUUGGUACAUUUUAUGGCUCCCAGAGCAUAUAUUCAAUUGGUGCAUGUUGUGGAAGGGGAAAUUCGAAAUUAAAUGAAAACACAUGACUUCGGUCGUGUCAAUUUGUAAGACACAUCAGUAAAAGGGUAUUAUGCUCUGUUUUUUGUUUGUUUUGUUUUGUGGGGUUUUUUUUGUGAUGUGGCUUAAAUACAGUAGUUUCUUUUUUGGGACAUAUUUCUGCCAAUGAGAGACUAGAAGGGCACAAAAGUUUUUUUUUUAAAUACCAUAGAGAAGAUGCAUAAAAAAUCUUCUGAUGUUUUGUAGCCAUAACUAAAUUAUGGUUAAAAUGUGCACUAUUGUGAAGAGGAGCAAAGUAGGUUUGGGGUUUUGUUGUUUGUUUAUAUGUUUGUUUUUGCUUUGUUUUUUAAGAGAUUAAAAUGUUUCUGGAUAAGGAUUAGCUUCUUCAAGUGUCCAUCAUUCUGUGUAGAAGCUUAAAUAUGUAAUGUAAUGAAACUCCAGUAUUAAAAAUCUCUCAAUUAUUAUUUUUUAUACAAAGCAAGAUAACGGCAUAUAACACUGCCAUUACAUGGCAAAAUGUUAGCUACCUUAGUUUAAAAACAAUCUUUAAAACAAAAGACUUGCUUCAAGGUGUUUUUAAAUAGCAGUCAUUCAGAGUUUUUCUUUUCUUAAUACAAUUGCACUAACCUCCCUGCUGCUCUGAUUCUGCAUUUGUGGUACUUGUGACUACAUUUUUUUCAAAUAUAGAUAAAUUUAAGCUGCUAUUUUUUCCCAGUAAUCACUACUAUACCAUGUCUUUUACUCUGUUGAUGACAUCAAGCAGUUCCUUACGGAUGUAGAUUCUAGAUCCCACUUCCUCUUGCGCUCAUGCCGCGAAGAGCAGACAUUCACAGGACGUGCGAGUGGGAGCAGAGUGGCCGCAUGGCGCUGCGUGCAGGACCGACAGGCUGUGUCGGGGCAGCCGGCUGUGGAGAAGAUAGCUGUCAAAUUUAUAUCUCAGAGGUUUUAGUUAAGGAAUCGCUUAUUAUCAAGCUUAGCAAAUUUAUAACACUAUUCCCAUCACUAGUUAUUUUGAGGCCUGUACUACUAAAAUUUUAACCUAUGUCUUAAGUAGAAACUGAUUAACCCAAGUAAUGCAGCUUUGAUUUUCAGCAUUGGUUGUUUUGCUAUUUUUACAAAAGAGCACUGAUUGAAGCAAGUCUUGGUUUUACUAAGGUAGGGUAGCAUUUGCUAUUGUUAAAGAAAAUAAAUACACUUAAUUCCAUGAUACAUUGUCAUAUGUACCCCAGUUGUUGUUAGUGGGGACUAGGAUACUGUAAUGAUAUUUUAAAAAUUUACAUCCCAAGAGGCAGUCAUUCAUGAUGGUUUUGUGCCAGCUGUUUUUAGGGUUUUGGAUCACAUUAUAGAUAUUUACAACUGUUACCCUGUGACUUACGUAGGAAACCUAAUAUGCUGAGUAUCUGGCACUUGAAAUCCUGCUUUUAUUGCUGGAGGUCCACAUCUGUGGUUCACCUCUGUUGUUGUUUUAAAAAAAUAAAUAAAAAUAAAAAAAAUCUGUGCAAUAAUUUUUAAAUGUGCUCCCAGGAAUAGACACAAAUGUUUUGAGUAUGUUUAAGCUGCAUUUUCCUUUAGUGAUGCAUUUGUCAAUUGCACUGAAUUUAAACCUGAAAGUCAGAGGUGAUUAUGAUAGUACUUUUGUAUUUUGAUAUGGACAAUUUAUUCAUUUGCAUACAGUUAUUGACUUUUCCCCAGCUGAUUAAAAGAUAGUCAAGAAGUUCUGCAGUAUAGCUGCCAAAAUAGACAGCUACAUUUUUAUGGUAUUGUCAUCUUUUCUGUUUUGUUUUGUUGUUGUUGUUUGUUUUUUUAAUUUUUAGCUAUUUUACUUAAGCGUAGUAGCCACAAUAGGACAUAUGAAAGAUUAUAAAUACAGAGCUUUAUUAUCCUGAUGUCUUGGGUCUUUUAAGUGUAAACUUUAUCUGGAAGGUAUCCAUUCUGUAGGCCUGGGUUCUUUGCGAGCAUAUAGUUGUUUGUUUUUGCUGCUGUUCUCAACAUCCUCAUUGCCUGCUGAUGUGCCACGAUGCUGCUCCAACAGAUAACACCCAGAUUGCCUCUGAUCUGGGCAGUAACAUGAUUGUAGGAGGCCGGAUUCCACAGCCCAUAAAGUUUUAUAUUUGAGGUUCUUGCUCAUUUUUCCUGUUAGUUUUUUCUGAGGACGUAUUCCUGAAGUUCAGCUGAUUCCAGUAGAUUAUCUGUGGUAUUCAUUAUAUAUCAUUGUUGUGUAGGUAAUAAACUUACCAUAGAGAAAAAUAGAAAGGAAAACUUGAAUGAAUAGAAUACUCACUUACUAAAAUAGAAUUAAAGAGCAGCUGUCACCCUUAAACAUCAUAAAGGAAAUCUUUUUUCUUCUUCAUGUUGGAAAUCCCAUUAGGUCCUAUAUUUGUUCCAGUGCCCAUUCCCUGUUGUUGAUCAGGUACCAUCAUGGACUUUCAAAUGAGUUUUAGAAAUGAUAGUGUUUAAUUUCCUACUAGGUCUUAGAGUGUGUUGAAUUCUCUUUUAAUUAAUUAUUCCUAAGUAAGUAUAUUUUAGGAUUAAACACCUUUUACAGAUACUGAAAGUGCCUCCUUUUGUGGUGUAAAAAACAAAUUAUGGUGCAAAAGUAAUCAUGAGAUUGAAUUACCUGAAGGUUUUUGUUUUGUUUUGUUUUGCUUUUUGACAUAUAAAAAUGUCAAGAGAAAGGCCAAAGAUUUGUACAUUUUCACUUAACUUAUAAAGCACUCCUUUUUUUCCUUAAACUUCUUUCUGUCAAAUUAGAUUUAAUGAGAGAGUACUAUUUUUAAGGAGCUGUUUAUGUAGAAUGAUUUCGUUGAGAGUAAUGUAAACUAUUGAAUAGAGGCCUAAUGAGGAGUAUGCAUUUUUGCUACUUAAAGGAAUCACAAAUGACCAUCUUUAUGAGAGCAAAAUGUUUUACUAGAGAAGCAGAAAAAUAAAUUUCAAAUGCAGUGCUAUUUAUUCUUCUCAAAACAAUUUUCAUUUUCUUAAGCACAUUGUACACGUCUAUAGAACCUGCAUUUAUUCUUACAUGCUAAGGAUGGUACUUGGAUUUGGUGAAUUACUGUCGACAAGUUUCCACAGAAGUCCUGUUUCAGUGGACCGACAUUGUGGCAUGGCAGCAAAUGCCAACAUUUUGGGGAAUAGCAGCAAAUCUACAAGAGACCCUGGUUGGUUUGUGGGCUUAUUUUUUUUUUUUUUCCCUUCUGAAUCAGCAGGGAGGGAAAGAGGGUAGGAAGGUUAUGAAUUAUUACUCCUUCCGGUAGUAGCUCUGAAGUGUCACAUCCAAUAUCCGUUUGUUUGUUUCUUUUUUUAACAUGACUCUAGUUAAUGUAGAAGAGAGAGAGAAAAGAGGAAGUGUUCACUUUUUUUAAUACACUGAUUUAGAAAUUUGAUGUCUUAUAUCUGUAGUUCUGAAGUAUUAAUAGCAUUCUUUAUUUCUGCCUUUAUGUUGACAGUGUUGAAGCAGGGUGAAUAACUGAGGCUUUUUUUUUUUCCUAGUAAUCUAUUUCAUGAUGUUUUCUUUGGAGUUUCUGGAUAAGUUCAAAAAAAACAUUCUGCAUGUUGUAUCUAGUCUGAUGUACUUACCCAUCUCAUUAAAAACAAAAACCACAGACUGCAUUUUGUAGCUGUGUAAUCCCUAAAUGCAGAAGUAAUUUUCUUCUAUCCUGACUUUGACAUUGUAGCUAUAAUGUUCUAAUUCUGAUUUUUACAAAUCCUUUGGGUCUAAUUCUGUGAGCCUACCUAUAGCACUGGAUUAAAAUGUCUGCAUCAUUUCUUUAGUUAUCCCGUUAACUUUAAAACUGUUGUAAAAGUGUAAACCAGCCCAUGACAGUUUUUUGUACAUGUUAAAGAACUUUAUUGUUCAGUUUCCAUGAUUAUUGUGUAAGGAAGACUGAUUAUAGAUGUUCUAUGCUGUCCUGGACCAUGUUAAUUACACUCACAAUGUAUUUUGGUUCCACAUCACAAUGAUUUGUCCCCUGUGACCCUUUAUCCUUUCUAGGCACAUUUUUUGUUGUUGUUGCAGUUCCCCUUCGCAUUGUAUUGCUUUGACAACUGUAAUUUGAAUCAGAUCCGAAAGAGGUCCAGAAUAAAAUAUAUUUUGAUAUUAUGUUGGCUGUGUACAUAUAUAAAAUCUUUGAUAUCUAUGUAGUUUGUAUAGACUAUUUAGUCAAGUAAAGAGAGAGGGAUGCUAUUUCUUGUUUACAAUUUCCUGUUUACAUUUUAAUUGCAUUUACUCCUCCAAUGUUCUAUUACAGAAUAAACUUUUUUGCUCUGAGAUAGUCUUCAAAACACAUAACCUGUCUGUUCUCUCCCAUGCUGGUGUUACCGAUUAUAACAACUGCCAUAAGAACCCAACCCACUGUUUUCAUAAAUAGAAAAUAUGGAAUAUAUCUUGUUUUCCAAGAUAUAUUCAUUACAGUAAGCCCAUAGAUAAAAUACAAAUUUUACUAUUUUAUUACUUCUCGCUGGAGAUAAGAUUUUUUAAAUGAAGGGAUUGUUUACUAUUUUUAUUAAAGAAAAAUAGAGCAUUUAAUCAGCUAAGGAAAAAUACAUACGUUUGAAUUAUUUUGAAAAAUAAUUACUGUACUUAAAGGACAUUGGUUCACAUAAAGUAAAAUAGACCUCAUUCAUUUGCUUAGCAUGCAGUUGAGCACAAAACAGUAUGUUGUUGAAGAUUUUUAGGGCAGGAUGCUCAACUCUCUUAAUGAUAUUUUUUCUGCAUAUAAACCUAUUAACUAAUAAUUUUUCUCCUUAAGUAGUUGCUUAUCUUGCAAAAAAGAACCUUAUAAUCUAUUAGGAAAGAUAACUAGGCACCGUCCAGUUUUAAUUAAUCCCAACUCCUUUAGAGUUAGAGACUUUUUAAAAAGAAUCAUUGUUCAUAUUUUUGUUUUU